UAAAGAUCGCCGCCAACGGCUUGCAGCUAGUUCUUUCGGCUGCCAUGGACGUGCACGAACAGGGAGAAGAUAUUAUACAGCAAUUAGAAGCGCUGAAUGACUAUGGGCCAUUUCUCGAGAACCUCCGCGAACUCGAUAACAGUUCUCAACUAGUAGAACGAGCAUGCGAAUUCUUAAUAGAGGCUACCAACUUCCUAAAUGCGAGCCUAGAGCAUUUAGACAAACCAGCAUUUCGUAGGGCAGCCAGCGAGUCAUGGGUUAUGAGUAAGGAAUCAUUUGAAGGUGCUCGCAAGAGGUUAGACGAGCAAGUUGAAAGAGACGUGCAAAUCAACCUCUUCAAAUGGAUCAAGCAGAACAAAGUUGAUAGGAUUCUGUCCUCCAUAUCAGUGGAUGCAUCCUAUAGAGAGAAGCAGCAACAAUAUUCAGCCAGGCGAAUGCCUAAUAUAGGGCAAUGGGUAUUAAACAAUGACAACUUUAGGGAGUGGGAAAGGAAACGGCCAACUGACAACGCCAAAGUCUUGUGUUGUACUGGAUUGCCCGGGGCUGGAAAGACAUUUAUUGCGUCUCAAAUUGUAACACAUCUCGAAGAAAAAAGAUUUAGACAUGCUUUCCAAAACCCCGAGGGUAAAAUUGGCAUUGCAUAUAUAUACUGUAGCAUCGCAGAUGAAGGCCAACAGACCGCAAUAGGGUUUAUAUCAAGCAUUGCAAGACAACUGACAGAACUCCCAUUUCCUCGACCUAAUCCACUUAUGGGGGAUGCUGAGUCUUUCUACAAUAGCUAUUCUUACCAAGGGAGAAUCCCAGGGCUGUCCGAAUACAAGUCACUCAUCCGAGAUCUUCUCCACCGUUUGGAUCAUACUUUUAUUGUGGUUGAUGCCCUAGACGAAUGUACCGAAUACGAUGAGAAUCACAUGAGCGUACGCGAUACGUUUGUGAAGACACUACUCUCCUUUGAUGUACACCUACUAUUCACAUCACGGCACGUCGGUGCAGUUGACAGUUUAAAGGAGGACGCAGUACGGUUAGGGGCUUAUUUCAAAGCAAUGGAGAUAUCCCCCUUACCAGAUGACGUGAAGAGUUAUAUUGACUGGAGAAUAAAUGAUGAGCAACACGGGAGCACUCAUUUACAAAGGUGGAUAGAAAAUGGCAAUCUUUCUAGAGACGAGAUCAUCAAUGGAAUUCUCGACAAAUACUCCGGCAUGUAAGUCUUAAAAUCUGGCUGAUCUAUAUUUUUAUACCGGCUGAGCUAAUUAUC